AUGACCGUCACUACCACCGUGGUCAAAGGGCCGUUGAAUCUUGGCAACCUACCUUCGGUGUUCUCGACCAACCCGAUUCUCUCUUGGUACGCUAAAUAUGCGGUGGACUUCAGCAUCGCCAAAACCACAACACCCCCGACCAAAUACUACGCCUCCACUGCGACCCUGGUGAACACUGAUGCGUCUACCAUCUCUGGGGCUAAGGAGAUUUGGGACUACUACAUCGGUAUCUACGGACAAUUCGAACGUUGUGAGCAUGACCUAAUCUCAAUCACUGUGUUGAGUGAUGAAACAACUGGCAAGCAUACCUUGAUUGUGGAGACUACAAACAACUUGCAUCUCAAAGGUGGAAAGGGAAUAGUACCUCUGGCCCAAGCUUUUGUCUACGAGAUUGCCAAAUCUGAGGGGGGAUGCGGCACGGAUGGUCUACAAAUCUGGCACUUGAAUUGUUACUUCGAUAGGGGUUUACUGGAGAGGGCUGCGAGCAGCUGA